UAACUACUACAAAGACUACGUAUUCAUAAAUUAAUUAAAUGAAAUUAAAUAAAACCUAACAUUUCCGCAACAUCACCAUCUUUCCCUACCAUAGGCAACGUGUACUCUUUUUUUUUUAAUUAAUUCUCUUUUUUUUUUUCUGCUUUGUUUUCAGUGUUUACUCACCUUCAAACCCAAAAAAAAAAAAAAAAAAAAAAAAAAAAAAAAAAAAAUCUGUUUUUGGGGGUCAUAUCAAUUUUUUUUUCAACAAUUUUGUAAUUUUGUUUUUGGAUAAUCCAAUUAUUCAAUAUAUAAUUAUCUCAAAAAUAAUUUAAAUUCUUCAAAAACUGAAUUUUAAUUUUCAUUGUCAAUUGGAAUAAAUGGCGGCGAAUCCGAAGCCGUUACAAUCGCGGCCAUAUGAAGGGGAGGUUCCCAUUGACGGAGGAUAUUCCGGCGAAUCGGAUGGUGAUGAUUCAAUGGAAGACGACGGAGUUGAUGAAGAUCAGACGGUGAGGAUGAGGAGAGAGAAUGGAAGGAUGGGUCCCAGUAGUGGUAGUAGUAGUAGCAGGACUAGUGAACUGACCUUGUCUUUUGAAGGAGAGGUCUUUGUUUUCCCUGCUAUUUCCCCUGAAAAGGUCCAAGCAGUGCUCUUGCUCCUUGGAGAACGUGAGACUCAUGCUGGAGUUCCAACAACUGAGGUUGCUUUUGGACAAGACAAUAGGGCCACUGGAAGUCCUGCGAGGAAAUCCAUUAUAUCUCACCGGAUAGCUUCCUUGGUUAGGUUUCGGGAGAAAAGAAAAGAGAGGUGUUUUGAUAACAAAAUCAGGUAUACUAUACGAAAGGAGGUUGCUCAAAGGAUGCACCGGAAGAAUGGCCAAUUUGCAUCUUUGAGAGAAGGUUCAGCAUCUUCCAAUUUGGAAGCUAAUAAGAACUUAGUGGUUGGUAGAAGCCUGGGACCAGAAACUGUUUCAAACAAGUGUCAGCAUUGUGGUAUUAGUGAAAAUGAUACACCAGCAAUGCGACGCGGACCAGCUGGUCCAAGAACCUUGUGCAAUGCUUGCGGACUGAUGUGGGCCAACAAGGGAACACUCAGAAAUUUAAGUAAAGGAAGAAGAAGUUUCAUACUGGAUCAAGCUGAACCUGGAACCCCGGUUGAUAGUAAACCUUCCAUUGUUGAAGAAAAUUCACUUGCCAACCCUUGUAAGCUUAGAACCCCAAAGGGUGAUUCCAGUGCUGUAACUAUAGCCUAUGUCAAUACGUUUGCCAAACCCCACAAGGAGAAUUCUCAUAGGAUAGCAGAUGCAACUAGCAUGCUAACAGAGAUAGCUGCGGAUUCGUCUGGCAACUUUGACAAAGAAGAUACUAUGGCUGAUCUUGAUGAUAGUUCUGAGACAGACGUGGAUAUUCCUACCAACAGUGAUUAGUAGAUACACAGUGUAAAUGCCUCACAAAAGAGACUGAACUUGAAAUGAAAUCUAGUUGGGAACAUCAAGAGCAUGCACUGAUGCUGAUUACAGUGUCAAUCGAUAAGACUAGAUGUUAAUGCUGGUUAGCAUCAGAUUAUUGGAAUGAUUGCUGCUAUAGAUUUAGAAUUAAGGCCUCAUGAGUGAGAUGUCGCUUUUUGUCUAGCUAUUGCUCAAGUUGUUGCUUGUGUGAUGUACUGAGUCUCAACUGAUGGGAAUUCACCAUUUCUUCAAAAAAAAUAAAAAAAAAAUAAAAAAAAUUGGGAAUUCACCAUGAGGCAAUUGUAAUCUUGUAAUGUUGAAGACAAUGUUUGUGUGAGAUGAUAAAAUCAGUCACUGAGGUUAUAUUGUGCUCGGGAUUAUGGAAGUACUGAUCUCUAAUAAUUCACGAUUUCAUGGUUAAA